AUGGAAAAUAUCAAUAACAUGGAUUUUUUGCGUGGACGAUGCCAAGAAAUUCCAGAUGUUCGAUCAAAAGUGAUACGCAUUUUUCUCAGUUCCACAUUUACAGAUACACUUGCCGAAAGAGAUUCAUUAAUCGAAAAUGUUUUUCUAAAGCUCAAAGAUUAUUGUCGUCAAAAAUACGGUCUCGAAUUUCAAUAUGUAGAUAUGCGAUGGGGAAUUCCAAAUGAAUCAAGUAACAGUCAUAGUGAAGUUCAAACAUGUAUCAAUGAAAUUGAAAUUUGUAAAAAAUAUUCCGUAGCUACAAAUUUUAUAGUAUUGUUAAGUCAUCGCUAUGGUUCUCGUCCGACACCAGCAAUUAUUCCUGCUACGCUCUUCGAAAUUUUAUACGAAAGAAUUCGAUUGAAUUCCAAUGAUGAUGAUGAUGAUGAUAUAUUACUUUCUCAAUGGUAUAGACUCGAUACGAAUCGUAUACCAGCUGUUUAUAUUCUUCAAUCGACCUCAUCGAUUUUAUCAAAUAUUAAUUCUUCAAAUACAGAUGAAAUGAAACAAGCCGAAAAGGAAUGGAAAAGAAUUGAUAAUCGUAUUCGAACUUGUCUUCGUAGAGCAGCGGCCAAAUGUUUCGAACAAGGAGAAAUUAAUCAAGAUCAAUACGAUGAUUUUUUUAUAUCGAUUACUGAAAAAGAAAUUCUCAAUGGUAUUCUAACAGCACCAGAUGCUAAUCAACGUACUUUAUGUUUUUUACGAGAAAUUGACGAUAUUCACGAGCAUUUACUCGAUAGUAAAGCAUCAAAAUACAUCGAUGUACAGUACUCAAAAACCGGAGAACCAAUUGUUGAUAAUGAAGCUGAGACAUUACUUAACAAUUUAAAAUAUAAUCGUUUACCAAGUAAAUUACAAUCAUCAAAUAUAUUCUCCUAUAAAGUUCAUUGGACAUCAAAUGGAAUCAAUCGGCACGAUCAUAGUGAAUAUUUAACUCAAUUUAAUAAUGAUUUUUAUCAUGCCGUUAAACAACAAAUCGAUCAAUGUGUUAAAUCUCGUGUUUUAAUCAAUUCAAAUCCAUUAGAACAUGAAGUCAUGGAACAUGCAAUUCAAUGUAAAACAUAUUCAACAAAAUUUCAUAGUCGAAGCGAUAUACUUGAUCGAUUAAAAGAGUAUAUCAUGAAUAAAAAUGAGCAUCGUGCAUGUGUCGUAUAUGGUGAUUCAGGAUGUGGAAAAACGAGUGUAUUAGCGAAAACAUCAUUUGAAGUAUUAAAAUGGUGGUCCGAUCGAUCUGUUUCAGUUAUAUUACGUUUUCUUGGAACAACACCUUCAUCAUCAACAAUCCACAAAACUCUUGUUUCUAUAUCUGAACAAAUUUGUCAAUUAUACAAUUUAUCUAUGGAAAUUUAUCCCGAUAUACUUCAAUUACGAUGUCAAUUAGAAACUGAUUUACUUUCUAAAAUUCCCGAUAAUGAAUAUCUUCUAUUAAUAUUUGAUUCCAUUGAUCAACUUCAACAAGAUGCAUACGAUUGUCAAUGGUUACCAAAAACUUUUCCAAAAAAUAUUAAAUGUAUCGUUUCAACUUUACCUGAUCAUGGUGGAAUACUUUCAAAUUUAAACUCAAUAAUAAAUUAUAAUCAAUUAUCCAAUGAAAAUAUUGAACAUUUAUUUAUUUUUGUACCACCAUUCGAUGCAUCAACUGUCGAAAUAAUCUACAAUGAUUGGCUUCAAAUAAAACAACGUACAUUGAGUAAUGAACAACGUUUAUUCAUUACUCAAUGGAUAAAAGAACGAAAUGCAAUUGUUCCUUUAUUUAUGAAACUUGUUUUCGAUAUUUUAUGUACAUGGCAUUCGUAUGAUACAAUUGAUAAUCAAUUGAAAACAUGUCGUACAGUUGAUGAUUGUAUUUUAUAUCUGUUUAAUCAAUUACAACUCAAACAUAACAAUGUUUUAUUUCGUCGUGCACUUUCUUAUAUGACAGCGUGUCGAAGUGGAAUUAGUCAAAAUGAAUUAGAAGAUGUACUUUCACUUGAUGAUGAUGUUCUCAAAAGUGUUUUUGAACAUUAUAUUCCACCGAUACAACGUUUACCUGGCAUUCUAUGGACAAGAAUCAGAAAUGAUCUCGAUGAAUAUAUCACAGAAAAAGAAGUUGAUGAUUCACCCGUCAUAUACUGGUAUCAUCGGCGUUUUAUUGAAAUUGUCAAUGCUCAGUAUCUAUCGAAAACAGAUGAAACAGAACGAACGCUUAUUUUUAGUAAUAUGAUCGAUCUUUAUACUGAAGCUUGGAAAGAAAAAAAUAAACCGUUAAAAAUUGACAAUAAAAAAUUGAUCGAUAAAUAUCAUUUAUUUGAAUCGAAUGGAGAGAUUCAAGCUAACCGAUUGAUUACAUCACAGCCCAUCGAAUUCAUCGAUGAUUACGGUCAAAUUCAAUAUAAUAAACGAAAAUUAAACGAAUUGCCAGAAAUUCUAUGUAAAUUAUCACCAAAUUUAGCCAUACCGAUCGCUGUCAAUAAAGUAUUUUUCAAUUAUUCAUUUAUGCAUGCUAAAACUCAAUGUUCCAGUUUUGAUGAUAUUGCUUUUCUCAUGCAACAUUUCAAAGAAACUUCAAUACAGCAAUUAUCGAAGGAAGUACUCGAUAUGAAACAGGAAAUAGAUAUAUUAUUAAUGAUUUAUAUGAUUGUCGGUCGUCUACUUGAAGAAUAUCCAAACAAUUAUGUUUUUGAGUUUUCAUCACGUCUACUGAAUUUUUUCGGUAUUAAACCGAAUAUAACUCAUCUUAUUAAACAAUUUGAUGAGCAAAGUAUUAAUCAUUGGUCUUUAAUUGUACCUUAUUGUCAAAUGCAACCACCUGGAAGUGGUUUAGUUUAUUCAAUGAAUAAACAUACAGCAUCAGUGACUCAUCUGGAUUUAACAGACGAUCAAACAGCAGCUAUUUCUCUAUCAAAUCGAAUUGUUGUUAUCGAUAUGACAACUGGACGAACAGCAUUAGAUGUUAAAUUACCUGUAUUAAAUGAAUCUUAUUUGAAUUCAACAACAUUACCUAAUAUUUCUUAUUCAAAUGAGACCAAAUAUACAAACAUUCCGAAUAAAAAUUAUCAACAAUUUCAUUUUCUUGUUAAUUCACUUCAUCAUAUGUAUUUCGUAUCGGCAGAUGAUAAAGUUAAAUUUGAGAAAAUAUCAAAUAUUGGCUUUAUGAUAGUCGAAAUACUUGAUUUAAAACAUGGUCUUUGUAUAAUUACAGAACUUGAUGGUAAUUCUAUUGAAUGUUGGGAUCUUAUACAUAAUCGUCAAGUUGCUCGACUCGAUUCUUUUUCAUCACAAAUCAAAUAUGUGUUUUGUAUUCGUUCAUAUAAAAUGAUUGUUGUUGUUUGUCAGGAUGGAAUGACGAAUUUUUAUUCGAUUAUGGAUUUACAUCAAACAUCAUUUACUCAUCGCGGUUCGACUCAAAUUGAUCAACAUGUAAAUUUAAUUGCUGUUGAUGAAUCAAAUUUGAUUUACACUUACGAAGGAAGUGCACCGAAUGAUUUCAUAUAUAUUAAUUUGAAAUGUAUUCAUGAGAGUAAAAAUAUUCUAUCCGAUACUGAUAUUAUUAAAAAGGCAAUUACUUUCGAUAGACCAAUUGAAACUAAAACAAUUAAAAAAAUUGUAUUACCAAAUAGAACAAGAUUAAAUAUGAAUUCUACUGAAUCGUUCCAUUCUCCACUGUUUAUAGCAAUGACAACAAAUUGUUUAUGUGUUAUUCAUCAAUGUGAAGAUCAGAAUUUCUCUUAUGCACGUAUUGAUGGUUAUUUUGAUAUUGUGGCAAUGCAUGAAAACAAUCAAAAUACGAUUUAUACUGCUCGAGGAGGUAUUAUCGAUAUAUUCGUUUGGAAAUGUAUUAAAACUGACGAAGACACAUGUUCACAUACAUAUGAACUAUAUGCUUCGAUUGAUAUAAGUUCAUCACCAGUCACUGGAAUAAAACCAGUAAUUGGAUCGACAUUAAUUUUCCUUUGUUCAUUGGCAAAUGGUGCAAUUCAUAUAUAUCAAACUGAACAAUUACAUGAAGCAUACAAAGCUGUACCAUCAUUUCCACGUACGAAGAAUGUCAUUGCAACUGUUCAACUUCAUGAUACUAUUGCAAUAACACUUGAUAAUGAACGACGAGAACUUGCAAUAUGGUCAUAUCAACAUUCGACAUCGAUCGAUUCCAUUCGUCUCUAUUCAGAUCCAUUGAUGGUUAAUGAAUUCGCUAUUAUAUCAAAUAAAUUCAGUUCCAAUAUGAUUUUUAUUUUAAUAAUUUUGAAUAAUCAUCGAAUAGAAAUCUAUCCAUGUGAACUACUUCAUCAUGAACCUGUCUUUGUUCUUCAGCUACAUUCACCGACUAGAGUUCAUUCGACUACAUACGGUGAUUUUCUUCUGUUGACAAAUACAGGUUCAUUAUGUUCGAUUGUUCAACAAACAAGUUCAUAUGAUAAUAUCGAAUUCAAACAAACAAAUAAUAUACAAUUAAAUAUUCCAUGCUCGAUGAUGUUUAGUACAAUUGUUAAUCUUGAUUCAAAUGAAAGUCUAGUUGUAUUUGAUGAUAAUUUACAAUCAAUAGCUAUUUGGACUCAUACUUGUUUAUUAAUAUAUAUCGAUAUAACUCAUUCAGAGCAUUUACUAUCAUUAAAUUUGAAAAAUUAUUCGAAUGAACAAACUCAAGAUUCUAUAUUAUUACAUUUUAAUGAUAAAUCUCUUGUUAUAGAAAAUGAAUGUGAACAAAUAUGUUUAAAUGAAACAGCAACAUAUGUUUUUGUUGUGAUUAAACCUCGCAUUUUGUUUAUGUAUCGAGUUAAUAAUGGUCAACAGAUGGCUAAAUUAUUUCUCUAUGAUUCUGUGAUAUCGAUGAGAGUAAAUAAUGAUUUUAUUGUUUUCGCUAUGAAUGACAGACGUUUACUAACAUUGAUGAUUGCUGAUCCAAAUGAUCCAAAUGUUCAAAAGAAAAUUCAAGCAUUACCUAGUCGAAAUUCUCAACGAGAAAUUCAAUCAAACACUUUUCAGCUCAUACAACAUCUACAAAAAUGUACUGAUAUGGAUUUAAAUGAUCAUGAUGACGACGAUGAUGAUGAUGUUGUUGAGAUUAUGAGACCAAAUUAUCCAAGGCGUCUCUCUGUUUUUCGUUUUGUCAAUCACUUUCAGGAAUCAAAUACAAAUGAAAAUGAAAACAAACUCAUAGAAUCAGUUCCCAACGAUUCUCAUAAUGAAGUUGAAUUUUCAAACAAUGCUUCAACAACAGUCACACAACAACAAAUAAAACAUGAUAUGAAUGAUAUUCAUCAAAAAGUAGUUGAGUACGACCAACAACAACUAACAGGUGUUCAAUUAGCAAAUGUGGGUAACCGAAAUUUGAAAAUUAUCAAUAACUAUUCGGUUACAUCAAGUACAUGCAGUUUGUUUUGA